AUGGCGGCGGAUGAAUGGCACGACAACGGGCCUCAGGAUCUUAUCACGGUAUCUCUGUGCAUUCAAAUUGCCAUAAAUUAAAAUGCAAUUGUGUUCGUUGUCUAUAGUUUAUGCUUGCGCAUACCAUGACCCCACCAUUGAGCAAUCCUUUCACAACGUUGACAUCAGCAAACUGUUCACACCAUACGACGCCAUACACAAUGUUUGCCAUCUGCCCAAUAUCGUUGAAACCGUGAUUCAUCCGUGAAGAGCGCACUUCUCCAACGUGGCAGUGGCCAUCAAAUGUGAGCGUUUGCCCACUGAAGUCAGUUACAACUCCGAACUGCAGUUUGGUCAAAACCCAGGUGAGGACGACGAGCAAGCAGGUCACGAGUCUGUUCAUCUACUGAAGAUGGAUCAAUAUGGGAGAUGUGAAAGCAGUGAUCAGCCAGAAGAAGAUCCCUCACUGCAUUGGAGUGAGGUUAAAGAGGAGGCUGAAGAAUUUCCGAUUUCAGCUGUGUCGUUAGGAGUUGAAACAUCCCAGGUUUGUCAAAAGGAGGACCCCGAUGAACAAGAUCCUUCCUUUGACACAGUUUCAGACAUGCAUGGAGUCACAGAGCAGGAGUGUGGACAUAGAGACAUGACACAUCUAAAGGUGCCGCCUUCUCCAGUCCCAGUCAAAGAGGAGUCUGAAGAAUGCUCCCUUCUGCCAGUAGAUGACGAGAAAGUUGCCCUAUUUACAGUGAAGAAGGAAGAGGAUGAAGAUGGGUUGAAGUCAGAAGAUGAGGAUGUUGUGAAAGUGCCAGUGCCUUGGGAACCGUUGGAAACAUCAUCAUCAUCAUCAUGCUCAGAUACAGAGGAUACAGAGGACAGUGAGAUGGAAAGUGAUAAUGUGCAGGACUGUGAAAACCAUGAGCUUGAUGUUUCAAGAGGAGUGAAGAUUAAAGAUUGCAGCAGGACAUCAUUGGAUACAGGGACGGUACCAGAUAGAGAUGAGAAAGCUAAUGCUGUUGAUUUCAGUGGCUUUGAAGGGGGGUCCUCCUUCUACCCCUGCCCCCAUUGUGCAAUCGGCUUCACCAUAGAACGCUUUUUCCUUGGGCACCUGAAGAGGGACCACCCUAAAGAUUACAUUGAAAUGCUGAAGACUGGGAAAAUCAAAGCCUAUAAAAGAGGGAGUUUACGGGUGACCCCAGCCACAUGCCCGCAAUGUGGCAAGAGCUUCACCAAUAAAUACGUUAUGCAAACGCAUCAGAGGACUCAUGCAGGGAAGAAAUCUCAUCACUGUGCAGACUGUGGGAAGAGCUUUGUCUAUGCUGAUGCACUUAAAAGACACAGAUGGACUCACGCUGGGGAGAGCAUAUAAAUGCUCUCGAGUGUGGCAAAGGAUUCAGAGGACGAACCAGUCUGACCAGCCAUGAAAUUAUCCAUACAGGAGGGGGACCAUUUAAAUGCUCUGUUUGGGGAUAGGAUUCAAUCAGGACGUAACUUAAAACGUCACCAACGAUUCUGUGUAAAGACCGAGUAAGCGGAAGAAGUACAUAUGAUCUUUCGUGAGUAGGUGUCAGAGGAUUGCAAUAAAGAACAUAUAAUAAAUAUAUAAUAAUGUAACUGAUGUAAUACACUGCCACCUAAUUAAGUAUGUUAUUGGUACAUUGGUCUAGUUGAAAAUGUAAAUCAUUCAAGACAGGCCUUUUUCUUAUCUGACGUAGGAUUCGUGGUAGUAGGAUUCAUGUAAAUGUAUGCCCAGCAGAUGGCAGUAAAAUACAUUUGAAAGGAAAAUAAAAUAUUUUAAAAUUG